UGGAAUAACUGCCCAUGAACAUGAAGCAUAACUGAAACUGAAGACACAGCCUUUCAUUGCAUUCUUUGUUGUAGCUAAUUUUGAGGCCCUUAAAGUAGCAUGCUUCACAGUGAUAGACAUGACAGGUUGCAGUAAUAUUCAAAUAUUUUUCUUGAAUAUUUUUUCAGUACUUCAUUUAAUUUGUCUGUUUUCUUAUUAAAAGAUGGCAAAUGAGUAUGCUUUAUUACUACUUUAGUAUUGCAUGAUUUCUUUUGACAAUUGUUGUUCCGUUUUACAAAGGCCAUUGGUGUAACUAAUUUUAUUUUUGUGCAGGUCUUUAAUGAUGAUGUCCCCUCUCCCCCCGCUUUUGUUGGACUGUAUCAGCUGGGAGUUUUUUUCCAAGAUAUUGUCUAAAAUACUUUCAAAACCAAGUUGUGAUCUCAUUUCAUUGUGUAAAUUAGACUUAAAACUGCCUCAGAAUUAAGCAUAAAGCUUUUGUGUCAAGGUAAUUGUUAAGGGAUCACAACCCAUCCACAAUCCAAGCUGUAGCCUGCUAAGGGGGGGUCAUAGUAGUGUUGGCAGUUAAUAUAAUCACACCCUCUGACUGUUCUGAUAUAACACUGUUUAGCUGUAUUUUUAAUUUCCUGUACAGAGCAGUACAAAGUUAUAUCCAAGAGAUCAGCUGGCCAGAGCAGAUGAAGGAAUUGAAGCAGGUCAGCAGAAUGUGUGGCUGUCAUUGCUGUGACAGUUGUCUUUAGCUUUGAUUUCACAACUUGUGGAAGAAUGUUGGAGGAGAGACUUUCGAGUGUUACAGCUUAUAUGAAUAUUCCACUAGACAGAGAAACAAAUUUAGGCAAGAGGAUUCUGACAGACUCUAGAUUUUUAGGGGUACGCAAGGAACAAUCAAUCAUGCAGAAGUCUUGCUGUGAUGAAUUGCAGUGGGAAGAGAAAGCUGUACAGAGAGGAUUGGACCUAUCCCAUGAGGAGAGAGAUGCAGGAAAUUUUACCUGGGUUAUUUUUAGGCCCAUAUUCUUCAGCUAUGAAAAGCAAGCUACCUAUACUUCAGAAACAUGGAAUAACCCAUGUAAUAUGCAUACGGCAAAACAUUGAAGCAAAUUUUAUUAAACCAAACUUCCAACAGUUAUUUAGGUAUUUAGUCUUGGAUAUUGCAGAUAAUCCAGUUGAGAAUAUAAUACGAUUUUUCCCUAUGACUAAAGAAUUUAUUGAUGGAAGUUUACAAAGUGGAGGAAAAGUUCUUGUCCAUGGAAAUGCAGGGAUUUCUAGAAGUGCUGCCUUAGUUAUUGCAUACAUAAUGGAAACAUUUGGGGUGAAGUACAGGGAUGCAUUUACUUAUGUUCAAGAAAGAAGAUUCUGUAUUAAUCCUAAUGCUGGAUUUGUCCAUCAACUUCAGGAAUAUGAAGCCAUCUAUCUAGCAAAAUUAACCAUCCAGAUGAUGUCACCACUGCAGUUGGAGAGAUCCCUCUCAGUUCCACCUGGUACUACAGGAAGUUUAAAGCGAAUGCAUGAAGAGGAUGAAGAACUUGGAACCAUGCAAGUGGCAGCAGCACAGAACGGAUGAUACCUGAGGACAAGCACUGUUUGUAUUGUGAAUUCCCGCGAAGAAAGGUGAAGAAAACUAGGGAAAAAGAAUUAAUAAUGCAAAAUGAUGAACACACACGUAGCUUCUUUUCAAUUACAUGUUGCUUUCAGAUGUAAAUCUGCCUCUGCAACACACUAAGCAUCAUUUUUAAGAUGUUGGACUUCUUGAAUGAAUAGAUGGCACUGAUUGUUUUACUCCUUUUUUACACUUUACAGUUUUAUUCUAAACCAAGAUUUUUGGACUUGCAAAGAGGUAUUAUUGCAAUAAUGCACUUUUCAUACUUGAAAUUUCUUUAUUUGUAUGAUAUAAAGUUAUUACUUUAAACAAAAUGCAAGCUGGGGGGAUUUGUUUAUAAAGUUAUUUGUGUAAUUUAUAACAAGAGAAUUUAGUAAAGAAAAAGUUUGCUAAAACUCA